CACACGAAGCAGCUUUGCAAGCAGCUCGGGGUUACCGACAGAUUUGGGGCAGCAAUAUACCAGGUGAAAUUAAGGUUAAAGGCAACUUUGUUACGACUCCUCCAAGCAAGAAAUCAGGAUCGAAAGUUCCAAGUUUUUUUGGUUGCUGAAAUGGAUUUUAUGCACUCGGAUUCCAACAUGAAGACUCAAAAGAGAAUUCAACCAAACAGGCAAGUGAUGGCUUUUAUUUUGGUGGUGAUUUUGUCUAGGGCUUGCUCCGAGCCUAUUCGUUAUUCUGUGCUGGAAGAAACAGAGAGCGGCUCCUUUAUAGCCCAUCUAACCGAGGACCUGGGCCUGGGAUCUGGGGAGUUGGCCGCCAGGUCGGCCCGGUUGGUUUCUGACGAUGACAAGCAGCGUUUGCAGCUGGACCGUCAGAGUGGAGAUUUGCUUCUGAGGGAGAAACUAGAUCGGGAAGAGUUAUGUGGUCCUAUUGAACCAUGUGUAUUGCAUUUCCAAGUGUUUCUGGAAACACCAGUGCAAUUUUUUCAAGGAGAAUUAUUGAUCCAAGACAUAAAUGACCAUUCUCCAGUAUUCCCUGAUAGGGAAAUGCUGUUGAAAAUACCGGAAAACAGCCAGCCAGGGAAUAUAUUUCCGUUGAAAUUAGCUCAGGAUUUGGAUGUGGGCAGCAAUGGUCUUCAAACAUACACGGUCAGCCCUGAUUCUCAUUUUCACAUUCUCACUCGAAAUCAUAGUGACAGCAAGAAAUACCCAGAUUUGGUGCAAGCCAAACUGCUGGAUCGAGAGGAACAGGAUGAGUACAGCUUAACUCUAAUGGCUCUGGACGGCGGGUCUCCACCUAGGUCUGGGACUCUCAUGAUCCGAAUCCAAAUAAUGGAUGUCAAUGAUAAUGCUCCUGAGUUUGUGCACUCGCCAUAUAAGGUGCAGGUCCUGGAAAACACCCCUCUAGGCUCCCCAGUAGUUAGUGUCUUGGCUAGGGAUGUAGAUGCUGGAAACUUCGGGAGUGUUUCUUAUGGCUUGUUCCAAGCAACAGAUGAAAUUAAACAAACUUUCUCAAUAAAUGAAGUAACAGGAGAAAUUCAACUGACAAAUAAAUUGGAUUUUGAGAAAAUUAAAACUUACCAUGUGGAAAUUGAGGCUACAGAUGGAGGGGGUCUAUCUGGGAAAGGCACUGUUAUCAUAGAGGUGGUGGAUGUGAACGACAACGCCCCGGAACUGACCGUAUCUUCACUCACCGGCUCCAUCCCAGAAAACGCUCCUGAGACCGUAGUCUCUAUCUUCCGAAUUCGAGAUAGAGAUUCCGGAAACAAUGGAAAGAUGAUUUGCUCUAUUCCAGAUAAUCUGCCAUUCAUUCUAAAACCGACUUUUAAGAAUUUCUACACCCUGGUAACAGAGCGCCCUCUGGACAGAGAGAAAAGAGCCGAGUACAACAUCCCAAUCACCAUCACUGACUUGGGUACCCCCAGGCUGAAAACCGAGCACAACAUAACCGUGCGGGUCUCCGACGUCAAUGACAACGCGCCCAUCUUCACCCAAACCUCCUACACCCUGUUCGUCCGAGAAAACAACAGCCCCGCCCUGCACAUCGGCAGCGUCAGCGCCACUGACAGAGACUCGGGCACCAACGCCCAAGUCACCUACUCGCUGCUGCCUCCCCAGGACGCGCACCUCCCCCUCGCCUCCUUGGUCUCCAUCAACGCCGACAACGGGCACCUGUUCGCGCUCAGGGCCCUGGAUUACGAGGCCCUGCAAGCGUUCGAGUUCCGCGUGGGCGCGGCCGACGCGGGCUCCCCGGCGCUGAGCAGCGAGGCGCUGGUGCGCGUGGUGGUCGUGGACGACAACGACAACUCGCCCUUCGUGCUGUACCCGCUGCAGAACGGCUCUGCGCCCUGCACAGAGCUGGUGCCCAGGGCGGCCGAGGCGGGCUACCUGGUGACCAAGGUGGUGGCGGUGGACGGCGACUCGGGCCAGAACGCCUGGCUGUCCUACCAGCUGCUCAAGGCCACGGAGCCCGGGCUGUUCGGCGUGUGGGCGCACAACGGCGAGGUGCGCACCGCCAGGCUGCUGAGCGACCGCGACGCGCCCAAGCACAGGCUCGUCGUGCUGGUCAAGGACAACGGCGAGCCGCCGCUCUCGGCCAGCGUCACGCUGCACGUGCUGCUGGUGGACGGCUUCUCCCAGCCCUACCUGCCGCUCCCGGAGGCGGCCCCGGACGAGGCCCAGGCCGACUCGCUCACCGUCUACUUGGUCAUUGCUUUGGCCUCGGUCUCGUCGCUCUUCCUGUUCUCGGUGCUGCUGUUCAUCGCGGUGCGGCUGUGUGGGAGGCGCAGGGCGGCCUCGGUGCCUGAGGGCCACUUUCCGGGCCACUUGGUGGACGUGAGCGGCACCGGAACCCUGUCCCAGAGCUACCAGUACGAGGUGUGUAUGACUGGAGACUCGAGAACUGGUGAGUUCAAAUUCCUAAAGCCAAUAUUCCCCAACCUCUUGGCUCAGGACACUGGGAGACAAAUGGAAGAAAAUCCCAACUGCAGGAAUAGCUUUGUAUUCAGUUAAGUAUUAUAUUUGGUCAGUGAACUUCUCAUUUUAAUUUGGCAAAAUUAACUCCUACUGCGAUGCCUUUCUUUUAAAAUAUUGUAUUGCUAUCUAAAUAUCAUACCACUGUUCCAAACCUAUGCAUGUCCUUCAUAGUACUAAUUUUCUGCUUUUUUAUUGGUUUUAAUCGCAUUUAUUAUUUUUAGUUAUACUAGAUACUGAGUAUAUAUUUUUGGUAUAUUUGACAUUGUCUUGGUGAUUAAUGUUUCCAAAAGUCUAAAUUACUCAAGUACAAUGAAAAAAAUUAUUUUAAUGAAUUUCUUAAAUUAGUUAAUAUACCUUAUUAAUGAAAAUUUUAAAGGUUUUAUGUAAUCUUGAAUUUCUAUAUGUUUUGGUUGUCUUUGCCACAUAAUUUUAUCUUUGCAAGGCCAGUGUGUUUGAAAUUCUUUAUAGCUACCUAGGCCUUUCUUCUUAACUGCUCAUGGCUAAACCACCUGAAUAACAUGAGCAUAAAAUUUAGCGUGCUUAUUUAUUCCAAAUGUUAUAUAAACAUGCACUUCAUUAAAAUAUUAAUCCACUAGAAUUGUGACCAUUCUCCCAUUACAAGCACCAUAUAUGCUAGUGUCCUAUUUAUUUGGUUGCUACCUAAUGCCAUCUAUGUAGCACAUUGUAAGUGCUUCAUAACACUCCCUACUACUAAUUUUUUUAAACAAAGAUCAUUUCUAAGUAAUAAAGAGUAGAGCUCACAUAAUUUGGCAUCUCCUUCAUUAAAUAAAACUGUUAAGUCACCACUUGAUAUAACCCUUUAAAAACAAAUCUCAAAGCCUUUAAUAAACCCUAAAUCCUUUCAGAGCAUUCAAGGGCAUCCAGUCUCCUUGCUCUUCAUUUUGCCCUAUAAAAAAAAGUUCACUUGUAGAUUAAUGUAUAUAUUUCUCUGUUUUCCUGCAGCUUUUCUCACCUUUAAAAAGAUUCAGGGAAUUUCUUUUGAGUCUUGGCUAUUCUGUUCAGCUCUGAUUAUUGGGUAAUAUCAGAUUUUUCACUUUAAGUUACUUUAUAGAUAUGGACAAUCUUUAUCGACUAAAUAGUGAUUUCUUUUUGAUGUUCACGUUAUCUUCCAUUUUGUUCUUCAGUGUAGACUUCAGGCAUUUCAUAUAAAUUUAUUUUUUUCAGUCAUGCUCAAGUUGCAUUUGUAUGAAAUAAGUAUUCAUUUGUCCCUGAAUAAAUAAGACUAGUAAUGAAUUUAUCUGAAUUAUAAUUGUUUUUU